AAUCAAACAAAUUCGAUUCAUCCAUUUAGUCAAUAUUUCUAUUCUGUUUCAUUUCCUUCUUCUCACUUGUUCUAUCUUGUAAAUAUACCAUUAUGAAGGCAUCUUGGAUCCUCGCACUGGUUGCGGCAAGUCCCAUGGUUCUCGCCCUAGGCCAAGAGCCUUCUACUGGCACAAAGCUGGUUGACCGGGCAGUUAAGAAGGUUUUAACAUUCGACUGUGACAAGAUGCCGGAGGUCUGUCACAACAUGUGCUAUGCCACAAAUUGCAAGCACAAGCCUAAGCAACUCACCUGGGACGACCCUAUAUCAAGUAUCGAACGUAAACGCAGGCAAACAGCAGGUUGCGGUGGCAUUAACCGCUGCAGUCAAAAGAAACUUAAGAAGUCAGGGUUCAACUGCGACGAAUACCCCUUCGCCUCAACCAGAAAUGCAGAUAGGGGUGGUCAGAUCAACCGCUGCGUUCCAAGCACAGAAAAUCACCGCCAAGGCUCAGCUCUUGGGCAGUUCUACCACUCCAAAGGCAAAUUCAGGUCCACUGGAUGCAAAGGCAAGACGAACUGCAGUUUCACUGUUGCCUUCAGGGGCGCCAAGGCCAAGACCAUUGGUCCCUGCAAGAAGAAGCCCGACUGCAAGAACGACGGUAACCAGUGGACCAAGACUGGUCCUAUCAAGCGCGAGGAGCCCCGGGAGCCCGAAAGUGUAGCAGAGUACAAGCUCCGCCGCAGCGGUGACACUGUUUUGUCGUCUGAAAACCUGCAGCCUGGUGAUCUCGUAUACCACAUCGUGGAGCGUAAUGUUACGCUAGCCGAGGAGCACCACAUGGGCCACGUUUUCAACGAGUUCGCCGGGGUUGAGCAGUAUGACUACAUGUCGGACAACAUGGACAUGGAAGAGGAUGAGAUUCUUGCCAGAAUCUAAUGCGAGAAGAUUUCAUAUAUAGGGGUUAGGCCCACAUAAAGUCUGGAUUUGGAAAAGGUUUGGACAUUUCUUGUAUAUCUUGCAUUUACUUACUCACUGGAUCGGGGGCGUAUAUCUUGCAUAUUUUCUGUAUAUAAAUUAGAUGAUGUAUAUUAUUAUAUUGGGACAAUUUUGAAAACUUUUAGACUACCUAGACAUUCUGCUAAACAUUCUGGUUGGCCGGG